AUGUUUGAAAGGAUUGUUAACAAAUCAAUUAUUAUUUUAAUGUAAAUGAUGAGUUCGGAAACCGAAGAUGGUGGUUCACUGACGGGAUCUUAUAAUGAAAAUUUGCUUCUAGUAUAUAAAGAAUUAAAAUUUGAACACAAACGACAUAGGGAAGAUGUCCUAAAAAAAUGUGCAGAAUUUUGGCGAUAUAUUUAUUCACGUCCUGAUAUUCAGCCAGUCAACGCCAUAAAGCCCUCCACCGUAAUGAAUUUGAAUAAUGUAGCUUGUGAAAGUAAAAUAAAAUGUAAAGGCGAUUGUAACUGCAGUUUAAAGUGUGAUCGAAGACGACAACGUUGGUUGGCCACAUUAUUGGCAAUACAUAAAAUUAACUGUUCCAAACUAUCGACAAGUACCACUAAGCCUUGUAAAUUAUGUGAACAAAAUCAGAAAAUAUUCGAUGGAUUGUUUACCAGUGCUUCACCAAAAAAUAUACAAUCUCAAUUAGAACAAAUUCGAGAAUUAAGUAAAUGGCAAGAGGAUACAAAAAGUAUAACGAACAAUUUAUACUAUUCAAGGAAAUCAAUCAACAGAGAAAUGGAUUCAAAUGUUAUUAGGAAAUGUUUAGAAGAUGAGUGUUUUAAAGAUAUUAUGAAUUAA